GCGCGAGGAAGUGGCUGUUUGGACCAAUGGAGGCGCGUAACGCCGGUUUAGCGGGGGAUUCGGUGCUGUGAUCACACGAGCUGUUCGCGGGAAAGACAGGCAACAGAAAAGACCGCUAGCUCAUCUGACAAACCUCUCCGUGUCUUUGAAAGUAGCUUCAGAUCGUCCUCUGUUGGAGAGUCGGGCUCAAGGAUGCUUUUCCGCUCGAUAGUUGACAGAGGAGUGGGCAGACGAAGGCUUAAUGGCCUCCCUGUGGACCCCCGGUCUAGGUACCCUCUGAGCUCUCUGCUGGGAGGCUUCGAGUGUGUCCGGCAUGAUGAACACAUCUCCUAUGGCAACCUGGGGGACUCUGUGCCGCCAUUUGGGUUGGCUUUCUCCUCUGUGGGGCACAUGCAGAACGUCCUUGCAGUAGCUAACGAAGAAGGCAUUGUUAGGAUCUACAACACAGAGAGCCGCGAAAAGCCGCUUCUUAAAGAAUGGCUGGCUCAUGAGAAUGCUGUCUUUGACAUAGCCUGGGUACCGGGGGAGCCUCACUUGGUGACUGCUGCUGGUGAUCAGAUGGCCAGGCUGUGGGACGUAAACUCUGGGGAGCUGUUGGGCAACUUCAAGGGUCACCUUUGUAGCCUCAAGUCUGUUGCAUUCACACCCUGGGAGAAAGCUGUGUUCUCAACUGGGGCCCGAGAUGGAAAUAUUAUGAUCUGGGACACCAGGUGCAGCAAGAAAGAUGGUUUCUACAGACAGGUGAACCAGAUCAGUGGCGCUCAUAACAAAGCAGAGACGAACGCUCCCACCAAAAUAAAGAAGAGGCGGAGUAGCACACGUGGCAUGGCCCCCAGUGUGGAUACCCAGCAGAGUGUCACAGUGGUUUUGUUUCGGGACCAGCACACGCUCAUUUCUUCUGGGGCUGUUGAUGGAGUGAUCAAGAUGUGGGAUCUGAGGAAGAACUACACUGCGCUCCGUCAGGAUCCUGUUCCACUGCAGACGUACCCGUACCCGGGUUCUUGCAUGCGCAUGCGUCUGGGUUAUUCUGGACUAGUUCUAGACUCUACGAGAUCCAACGUCCUAAGUAACUGUACUGAUGAUAGUAUCUACAUGUUCAAUGUCAGUGGAAUGAAAACGACUCCAGUGGCUGUUUUCAGUGGCCACCAGAACUCCUCAUUUUAUGUAAAGUCCACUAUUAGCCCAGAUGACCAGUUUUUGGCCAGUGGUUCAAGUGACAAUAACGCAUACGUCUGGAAGAUCUCUGAUCCUAAACACCCUCCCAUGAUGCUCCAAGGCCACAGCGAGGAAGUGACAUCUGUUUCCUGGUGCCCGACUGAUUUUACUAAGAUUGCUUCCUGUUCUGAUGACCACACAGUACGGAUCUGGAGGCUUCACCGAGAAAUGGAUGGAGCACAAUCUUCAGUGGGAGAGGCCAACCUUGUAGGUUGGGCACGUCCCAAAUCUCUCUUAAGGCCUUCUAUCAGAGCUGAAACAACUCCUGCCAAGAAGCAGAGGACAGAGAGUCUUGGAGGGUUGGCGUCACCCCAGCUGGCUGCCUGUGCUCCCAGUGGAGCGGCCUUGCCUCUGCCCUCCAGCACCACCUCACCCAUCCCUUCGCAGGGUGCUACGGCUGCUGCUGUUCGCCAGAGAACACCCUCUUCUAUCAAACAGUGGUUAUCCCCGAGCUGUGGAUCUCCUGGUCAGGCCAGCCCUCAGGCCCGUCGGGUGCUGAGUCCGUGUCCCCAGAGCCCGGCGAGCAGCACCUCUCCCACAGAACGACGGGCCAAACGCAGGCUGGAGACCGGUGCCGGUGCAUCUGCAGGCUGUGAGGGUGCCGAACAGUGUGACUGUGUUACUGAACUCUACCCUGCGGCCAAGAGAAGCCGUGCCCUGUCUGGGAUCUGCUGCCCUGCUCAAGAGAGCCGGCUACAAACAGACUGUCACACAGAGGACAACAAGCAAGUCUCAUCAAGACUGACGGGCAAGGAGAAUUGCUCUCCCAGAGAAAAGGACUGGUUGUCAGCGAUGGGCCAAAAGAUGAGGAGAGGUCAAGGAAGCCCUAGUACUCCCAGAAGCCCCAGCACCUCUAAGAAACAAGAUGGCAAGACACCAGCUUCACCGACCUGCUCACCACAAACCAUGAAGAAAAUCUCUGUGUAUUUCACAAGAAGGGCUCUGGAGUGACACUUGUGCCAGAAAUUAUAGAUUUUUUUGUAUUUUUAAUCAGAACUAAGAUCUCAAUCCAGAUUAGGGGAGUACAUGGACCUGGGCUGCAUAGAUGUCAGUCAUUCUGAAUAUUUGAUGCUGCCAUUUUCAAUACAUUAAUAGAGGCUGUUUUAUAUUUUAGUUGGGCCAUGGGUUUUGCAGUUGCCCGUUACACAAUUUUCUUGUGAUGUACACAAUCUCUGGUGGAAAGAAAGUUGUAUGUUGCUGAUCUAAAUCUUUAAUUUUACUAAAACAUUAGUGUUUAAUAUAAGAACACACAUUUGACGAAGUUGUUCAUGUGGUCAACAAGGUAUUAAUCCUCAAAUGCAGAGAAAAAGGUUUGUCUGCCGAUACGAACAUUUUAAAUUCUUCUUAAAAAAACAAUUUAUUUGAUCCACAUCUCUGAGUAGUUUUAUGAACUUCACAAAGUGUAUUUAUUCUCUGUAGAUUUUUUUUUCUUUACAUUUUACCCAUAUCAAAAUAUGCAAAAUGUUAUUUCUUGAACUAAUUCUUCAGUUGUUUAUAUGUACAAAAUAACCAAUAAUUGUUGUUUGGUUCAUUUGUAUUUAAUUGCACAUUUUCUGUUGUCAGAUUUUAUUAAAUUGAAAUUGUUCAAGAUGUA